AACGAAUCGCCGCCCCGAUCCACGGCUGAUUACCCCGUCUCGCCAAGGCCUCGUCCAGCAUUUCUGCGGUUCUUCCCACUCUUCCCGCGUCGUCCACCACGUGCAACCCGAUCGCCACGCUACUGUCACUGUCUGUCAUCUCCCCUGUCUCUGUGCGCAGUCGACUUGGCUGUGCGCCUCUCUCUGCGUCCAGACGGGUACAGUCGAUCGGAUACGGUUUGCUGCGAAUCCACUGCUCGUCAGCGCUCUCGACGUCUCCGGUCUUGGUCCUGUCGAGUCCGACGACACCCCUACUUCCUGCUCGACUCCCGUGGAAGUUCACGAGUGCCUUUCUGAUCUUCUGCCAUCGAUCACUUCCUUUCGUCCCCGGAGGCUCGAUUGUCACUCCCUUGCCAUUGUUUGCCCUCGGAGCCGUCGCUGUUCCCCCUCCCGCGGAACGGUCGUGUGUCUCCGUCUCCUCCCUUGCGACUCGACCAUGAGAUUUGGCGAUCACGAAAGAGCUCCCCACUGCGUCGACUGCCGAUUCCCCCAGCCUCCGUUAGUCAUAUUCUAUUAACUGUCUGUCGUUUGCCAUGGAGACCGCUCUGGCUCGUCGGCCAUGGGAUACCCCCGGCAUGGAGACGCAGCCGCCCCCGGCUUCCUCAUCGCAAACUCUCCCCUCCAUAUCGACGCUCACCGCGAGCAUGAAUUCCCCAAUGCCACAGCCUUCGGAGAAGUCGCCGGGUAAUUCCUCGCUGAACACAAUGGAGCGGGAUUCGGGCAAUUGGUCCAUGCCUCAGAGCACCAGAUCAUCCACCUAUUCGACCAUGACCAACGGAACCGGCAAUUAUCCCUCGCACCCCUUCCUCCGGUCCUCCCAACCCUCCCCCAGUCGCCUCUCCUACGUAUCCGACCGGUCUCCGUACCCGAACGAACAAUCCACCACUCCUUCUCCCGCCGGGGCGCAACCUCAUAUGGCCUCGUCCCAGCUCAAUUCCGCGCUCCCAUCGAUUAACCAGAACUUUGAUACGCGAUCGCAACGGAGCAGUAUCAUAGACCCUCCCGUCGAGUCACGGCGCAGCAGUAUCGAUAGUCGGGUGAACCAGGGUAUCGGCUCUUUGGCGAUCAAUCCCCCAUCCCCCUACCACAGCACGAACGCUUCACAGUCGUCCAUCGUCUCUGGUCUCCAGCGGGAGCGUGGCAUUUCCAAUGACAUGCCUAAUUCCUACCGAGGUGCCCUCUACUCGGGAAGCCAGCCUCUCUCCCCCCUAGGCCCACGGGCUGGUGAACACCGUUCAACCGCCCCUAGCCGCACUGCGCCAGCCAUCUCGUCGAAUCCGCGCUCCGAGAUAUAUAAUGCAGAGGCACCCACUGCGGGUCUUGCGUACGCCUUUCCAGAUCCCGAUGUUGCUAGGUCCAAUUCAGGCUCGUCCACGACAGACCAUUCUUCGCGAUUUUCGCGCAAGGGGAGUGCUGCUGAGUCUCUUACUAGCAGUGCCUACUCCCUGGAAUCGCGUUUACCUCGAGGACAACAAGAACUUCCUCGGGAUGUUCAUCACCACUCUCUGCAACACAAACAGGUUAGGAAUCUCAUUGGAGAUCCCGAACUCCAUAGCAGUAGUACCCCGUACAGCAGAACCCCAGAACUCAGGGUUACCCACAAGCUCGCCGAGAGGAAGCGGCGUAGCGAGAUGAAAGACUGCUUCGAGGCCCUGCGCCUUCGCCUUCCCCAAAGCCAGUCGAACAAGUCGAGUAAAUGGGAGACGUUGACGAGAGCCAUUGAAUACAUAGGACACCUGGAGAAGUCACUGGGCCAGGUCCGCCGGGAGAAUUCGGUCCUGAAAACCGAGGUCGAGGAGUUGCGGGCGCAGCUUAGCCAACAGCAAGCUCAUAGCCAGUCGCGACAGCCGUCGAUCUUCGCAUCGCAGACAAACGGACAGCCGCAGGGUCCUGCGUUCUCCAACUAUGCUGCUUCGGGGACCGGCAUGCUUACAGAUCAACCUCGUACUCUACCACCUCUAGUGAAUGGAUCAGUGGCUCCGAUGCAAGGUGUGCAGUACACCGAAGACAGACGAUAGACAGGGUUGCGUGGCCGCGUCUUAUUUUAUUUUAUCUUUCUCUAUGACCAUUCAACUAUCGAGCCGGAGGACCGUCCAAGCAGCGUGGACUUGACCUGGGCACGGCUUCACGACUAAAUUUCGGACUAUUUCACCAAGUUUGACCGUGACUCUGUCAUGCGCUUGGAUAAUGUCUUUUCUUUCUAAUUUCCUGUCAGUUUAUUUUUAUCUUUAUGUUUAUUUUUUGGCAAAACAUUGCCACUGGACACCGUUAGAUGUUGAUCUAUUCAAGCCAUUUUUACGUCUCUUUGCGUCAUUUGCAUUGGAAAAUGGACCGUGGCGCGGGCUGUCAUGUUGUUGGAAGUUGAUUCGAUUCUGCUACUAUACGCUGUCACCAUAUUUUGAGCGGACAUUGUCGAGGCUACGAGACUUGGGUUAAUUGAUUCCCGAUUUGGUUAACGGCUUUUAUUUGCAUGUAAAGAAAAGUCUUCGGUGUGGAUCUUUUUUCUUCUCUUCGUCAUUUCCUUUUUCUUCUUGAUUUAUUUCCACCUUGGAUACUUGGAUAUGGGGUUAAGAGUGAUGAUGUCUUGAUUCAUAGCAGAGCAGUGAGGUGGCAUGAGAAGAGAACGUCUCUGGGAGCGUUUAUUGAUAUAGUUUUCUUACUUGGUAAGAAUUCAUUUUCUCUCAAGUCCACUGUACUUUCUCAUUUCCCUAUCCCUGUAGAUAUAACGAAAAUGCACGCUUCAUAUGCGGUCAGCAGUCUCCAGAUGCUUACAUGAACACACGAAAAUGAAGCCAAG